AUGUAUGAUUCAAAUGUUUUGUAUUUCCUGUUUGGAUUGAUCCUAAUUAUUCCCUUUUCCAUAGUCAUGGCCAAAAAAUUACCUAUCAAUGGAAACAAGAAGGCCAAUAAAAGCAACGUCUUCAUUUGGACAUUACUUUCUUUAGUAAUUUUCAAUAUUGUUUAUUUCCUUGCAAGUUCUAUUAAUGAUAAUAACAAACUUAAUUACGAUGAUAACAAUGACUUUGUUCCAGUAGGGGAACAUAUCCAUAAUAUGGAAUAUAACCCAAUGAAUAUAGCUGGAUUUGUGUUUUCAAGUAAGGAAUCAACCCCUGAUUUGGCUUGUGAUAAGAUUUUACACGAUGAUCAAUCAAUUAUUGAGGUUACUCCACCUAUAGAUUUAAACAAGCCAACUGAUUUGAAAACAUUUAGAGAUCAAUUAAAAUCACGUAGUUCUGAAAACAACGUCUAUGAAUUGUUUUUCCAAGAUAAAGAAGAUGAACUGGAAGAAUCAAUUUUAAAAGAUAAAUGGUAUAAAUUUUGUGGAUCAGCAAUAUGGUUAGAGAAAUAUGGAGUGUAUUUCAUGGUUAAUAGAAUCGCUUACUCCUUCGAUAAACGCCGUAAUCAUCCAACAAUUUCCGUCUUGGCUGGUCAAGUAUUUGAUAAAAAUUGGGAUGAAAUAUAUGGUAUGCAGUUUCCAUUCUCAAAUCUUACAUUCCCUACUGUCUUACCUCAUUAUAUUGAUGUUGGAACUCAAAAGAAGAAGGACAUCUUGGGUUCUGAGGAUCCUAGAAUCAUCAUGCAUAGGUAUACCAAUAUCGAUGGGGUAGAAAUUCAAGAACCCUUGAUUGUGUUUAAUGCAUUAAGCCAAGAAGUUAAUUGGAAAAGAGCAAUGCAUAUCUAUCGUCCGUUAUACGAUGCCAAUGCAACUAUUAGAUUAGACAUUGAAGGUCUUGAACCUAGAAACAAAGAGAAAAACUGGAUGCCAUUUGAUACCACCGAAGAUCAUAUCCAUUUUAUUUACAGUUUCCCAUUAAGAGUCAUCAGAUGUGAAUUGGCAACAGGAAAAUGCCAUAAAAUAAGUGGGCCUGAUUUUAAUGAUAAAUCUAAUGCUGGUAUAUUACGAGGAGGUACUAAUUUAAUCGAAAUUCCUACUAAAUACGUUCCAGAAGAAUUGAAAUCGAGAAAAUUCUGGUUAGGUAUUGGUAGAUCACAUAUCAAGAAUUGUGGCUGUGUUAACGAGUUAUAUCGUCCGCAUGCAAUUAUAAUAUCUCGUGAGAAUGAAGAUGGUGAUGGCCAGUAUAGUUUGAAUUAUGUUUCUGAUUUAUUUGAUUUUAAUAUUAAUCCUGAACCAUGGACUAGUGGUAAGACUACAUGUUCAGAUGGGAAGCUGGUCUUGAUACCAAAUAGUGUUGCAUAUUUUAAUGAUGAUCAUCUUGGAGUAACUGUUAGUGAAGCUGACAGAACAAAUAAAUUAGUCCACACAAGGGGGUGGCUGAGUUAUAUCCAAAAGAUAUUAAAUGAAUUAAAAUUCACUUUAAAUGAUGAAAAUAGAGAUUUCAUUGUUGAUGGAAACAGAUUAAGUGAAUGUUCUACUUUCUUCUCCGGUAAAUAUUGUGACGCAUCCAAAAAUUCAAUGGGAUGGGAUAGAAAACUGGUUUAA